UCCGUCAUUACGCACAGCGGCGUAAUCCGUUCGUCCAAUCAGGUGAAGAGCCUGAAGCUCAGGAAAGAAGCAGAUGAUAUGGCAGCUUUGAGAGCGACCAGGUGGAACUUGCUUUGUUAACACGGCUAAACCUUUGAUUAUGAAGACGCUUUGUCGUAAAGACGACAACUGCUCGAAAUGAUUUACUUAAUAUUGAUUUCCGCGUUCUCCGGAGCACUCGUUACGUUGAUAUUACAGUUUUUGCUGAUAUACCGGAGAAGCCCCGAGCCCAUAGGCAGGACAGUGCAGUAUGUCAAAGUAGUGCCUGAUAACGCAUUGAAGGAUUACUUUAAUAGCCAACGUGCCGAGCCAGGCCAACAUGCCGAGCCAGGCCAGCAGCAGCAGGACAGCCCAGCGUCUAAAGAGGCCGUCUCAACGCGGCAGCAGGAAGCGGCUGUCCCCGGCGGCAGUCCCAAACAACAACAGCCGCCGCCUUCCCACAGCGAGCCCGCUGAUGCGGCCAAACCUGAAACGUGCAAUUUCCUAAAUGCUAUAUUUCUGUUUCUGUUCAGAGAGCUCCGAGACACCCCUGUCGUGAGACACUGGCUCACCAAAAAGAUCAAGGUGGAGUUUGAGGAGCUGCUGCAGACCAAGACGGCAGGUCGGCUCCUGGAGGGGCUCAGUCUCCGGGAUAUCUCCCUGGGCCAUUCUCUGCCCGUCUUUAAAACGGCCAGACUCAUGAAGCCGGUGCAUCUGAACGACGAAGGCAUGCCCGAGGAACUCAACUUCGAGGUGGACAUCGAGUACAAUGGCGGCUUCCACCUGGCCAUCGACGUGGAGCUGGUGUUCGGGAAGUCUGCCUACCUGUUCGUUAAGAUGAGGCGCGUGGUGGGCAGGCUGAGGCUGCAGUUCACGCGCAUGCCCUUCUCCCAUUGGUCCUUCUCCUUCCUUGAGGACCCGCUGGUGGAUUUUGAGGUGAAGUCCCAGUUUGAAGGAAGGCCGCUGCCUCAGCUCACCUCCAUCAUAGUCAACCAGCUGAAACGGGUCAUCAAGAAGAAACACACCUUACCCAACUACAAAAUCAGAUACAAGCCCUUCUUCCCGUUCCAAGUGCAGCCUCUGCUGGCUCCGGCGUGUGAUUUGGACCUGUCGAUCCAGGACAACAGGCUGGUGGAGGGCCGACUCAAAGUCACCCUCACUGAAUGUAGCAGACUGUUCAUCCUGGGCUCCUAUGACAGAGAAAUCUAUGUCCACUGCACCCUGGAGCUGAGCACUCACCAGUGGAAGGAGAAGACUCGCAGCUCCAUCAAACGGACGGAGGUUAUCAAGGGGCCUUGUGGGAGUGUGGGGAUGACGUUCAGGCACGUCCCUGCCAGUGAGGGGGAUGCAGUGCACGUCAGCAUUGAGACUGUCACACCCAACUCCCCUGCUGCCUUGGCAGACCUGCAGAGGGGUGAUCGUCUCAUCGCCAUCGGAGGUGUCAAAGUGACAUCCUCAGUUCAAGUGCCCAAACUGUUGAAGCAGGCUGGAGACAGAGUGGUGGUACUCUAUGAGAGACCGGUUCGUCACCAGACUCCCUCUUUUGGAAGCCUUGGAACUCUUCAGGAAGGGUUUGGGCAGCUAGAGGAAACUGGUUUUAUUUCUCAGCCAGGGGGUUAUGAGGAAGACCCAGCUCCCAUCACCACCCUUUCUGACAUACCCGACAGCAAAGACAUGGACUCUGAGUUUGAAGAGUUAAUUGUGGAGACCAAACAUGGCCAGACUAGUGGCCCUAACAGCAGCACCACAAAUACCAGUGAUACUAAGGAGGAUUCCUUACUUACAGUAAACCAAAGCCCCAAAAGGACUGUGGCCAACUUGGCCUCUAAGCCCCUUGGUACCAUAUCCCCCAUCCUUAACCGCAAGUUAAACCUGGUGGGUCUCCAGUCACCACUAAAGCCCCAUCCCAAAGAAUCACCAAAGCCCUCACCACAUAAGACCAGUAGUGAUCCAAUGGAGGUUCUUCAGCGCCCCACCGUCCCUCCCCCACCCCCCCCUUCUCGCCCCCCAGUGCCACCAAGACCUCAGAUAAGGUUGACAUCAGCCUCGUCAGAAACCAGUUUUUUGGAAGGUAUUGAUUCUGUUACAACUACCAAUGCCACUGUGGUUCUUCCUACCAUAACUACCACCAUCAGCACUUCUGAAAAAUCCCCAGAAAAAGUUCCUCUACCUGGAGCCAACGAGGACAAGGCCGGCACUGAGAAGAUAGGUGUCAAACAGGCUGAGGCGAAGCAGUCUACCAGGCCAGCAGAGUCCAGUGAUGACCUGCCAGUCCCUUCCACCGUGACCAUCAGCAGCAAAGCCGAUCAAGCAAAGGAAAAGGCUUCAGAGAGCUCCUGCAGCACACGGGACAGUCUAGAGGACCACUCUCUCUGGGAAUCCCCAGAAACCAUGUUUCGUAACCAGACAGCACGUUGGCCCAAGGCCUCUGUUGUGUUUGAGGUGGAGAGCAACCAUAAGUACCUUAAUGUGGCCUUGUGGUGCAAAGAUCCCUUUAAGCUGGGCAGUUUGUUGUGCCUGGGACAUGUCAGCCUCCAGCUGGAGCAUGUAGCCCUGGAAUGCAUGGCCACAUCUUCAGCAGAGUACCAGAGCACCUUUAGGUUAGGACCUCCAGAGCCUAGAGCUAAUGUCAACCGCACUGCUCUACGCAGCCUUGGCACCCACAAGGGCUUUAAUGAGAAGCUGUGUUAUGGAGAUGUUACUCUAAAUUUCUGUUACUUAGCUGAGGGUGAGUUAGAGUAUCCAGGAGGGCUGGCAGAAAAAGAGCGAGAGGGGAGUCUCCAUGAUGAGGAUCUAAGGGAGAGGGAGAGGGAACAUAUCCCCACUGCACAGCGUGAUGACUUGGCCUACGGUCCCAUGCAGUUGGUGGAGGUCCGUCACAACUUCCAGGACACACAAUUCCAAAACCCCACCUGGUGUGAAUACUGCAAGAAGAAGGUUUGGACCAAGGCAGCCUCUCAGUGUAUGAUCUGCGCCUACGUUUGCCACAAAAAGUGCCAGGACAAGUGCCUCGCUGAAAAUCCCUUCUGUGUGGCAGCGACUGAACGACGCGGAGCUGACCCUGAGGCCAAAUCGACCAUUAACCGGGCCACCACUGGCCUAACACGCCAUAUCAUCAACACCAGCUCCCGCCUGCUUAACCUCCGCCAGGUGCCCAAAACUCGGCUGGUUGAGCAGGUGGCUGACGUGGUGCCUGGAGCGGUGGAGCCCUCACCCAAGCAUACCCCCAACACUUCAGACAAUGAGAGCAGUGAUACUGAGACCUACACCAGUGGCGCCAGCCCCUCAAAGCAGCCCAUCGGCAGUGGUGGCAGCAGUAAACUUGUACGUAAGGAAGGUGGUUUGGAUGACAGUGUGUUCAUUGCUGUGAAGGAGAUAGGCCGCGACCUGUACCGGGGGCUGCCCACAGAUGAGCGAUCCCAGAAGCUUGAGUUGAUGCUGGACAAGCUGCAGCAGGAAAUUGACCAGGAGUUGGAGCACAAUAACGCUCUUUUGCUGGAGGAGAGGGAGGCCACAGAUGUCCGGCGCAAGGCCCUAAUUAGUACUGCCCUGGCCAAGUCUGGGGAGAGACUCCAGGCCCUCACUCUGCUAAUGAUCCACUACCGGGCAGGCAUUGAGGACCUGGAGUCAGUGGAGAGCACCUCUCCUUCAGAGCAGCAAGGCUGUAAAGGCAAAGGAGAAGGCCUGGAGGAAGAGGCCCUGAUGGGGACAGAGGUCUAUGACAGUGACACAUGUAGCCCUGUGGAGGUGCAACUGCUUGAUGACAUUACGGAGGAGCAGAUCUGUGUGGAGGCGCUCCACUAAAUAAGACUAGAAAGGAGAAAGAAGAGGAACAUGUGCUUUGGGCUCAUGACUCCCAACAAAAUUAUGUCCAGUUUGUUUUUGAUUUCAGCAGUCCAUUUAAAAUAUCGGGUAUGUUGGGGUCCAUUGUUUGAUUCACACGUCUUUUUAUUUUUACGUGAAAAAGAAAGAUGGGUGAAGGAAUUUCCUCCCUAAGGAUUCAUGUUAUUGAUGUUUUAAUUUGCACAAUGUGAUGCUGUUUCCAUGCUCUUGGUUUUUAAAGGGAAGCUUGAGAGCUUCAAUAUUAUCUGCCCUCAGUAGUGCUGCAUGUGUAUCCUCCAGUUAUGUUUUUCUGUGGCUUCAAAAUGUCAUUGUAAGCAUUUAAUUCAGUUUGCUUUCUUGUCUGUAACUGCUUUAACACUUAAGGACUUAAGAAAAUGUGCACAUUUCUCUGGUCUACUCGUCUAAUUCAUCUUAACUUUGGGGAAGGAAAAAUAAUUAUUCAGUAUUUGUUUGCUGUGAGUAACGAGCCCAUAUGAGUGUGAAAUAUUUGAGUCAAUAACGGUGUGAAUCCUACCAGGGCAAAGCAAGCGGUCAUAUGUAUCUUUUGUUUUUAGCACUUUUUUACUGUAAUAGAAUUGAAUUAUUGAAAAUGACUCCCUGCUCACAGCACUCUUUUGGGAUUUCAGCAGUUGCACACUUAUUUGUGGAAUCUUGAAUAUUUUUUGCCCCUUUCUUUUAGUUUAUUGGUUAGGUCAAACAUGUUUUAUCAUAACCCAAAGUUUUGUAUUCCCUGAGAACGUGUUACGAGGUAAUUGUGCUGGGUAAAAUUUAAUACAUUUCUUAACCAAAUUGUGUGUGUGUGUGUGUGUGUGUGUGUGUGUGUGUGUGUGUGUGUGUGUGU